GCCGAACCAGUGACACCUCGACCGCGAUCGAUUGUGGCUGCGACCGGUCACCGCGAAUUCGAUCACGUGGGAUCGCCAGGAUCCCGAAAGAUCGCCACGUGUUUCCCGCGAAGGUUGCCGGUAGUGCGAACGGAGUUCGUGUUAAACGCUCGGAGAGAGCAUCUUCCAGUUGCGUUUAACGUGGAAGGGCAUCGAAAGGUGGAGAUAAAGUGCUCGUCGAAGGAACCAGAGUGCACGUCGAGUUGAAGUUCCGCGGUUGCGAGUUCGCGACAGGACGACGCGACGCGGUGGAUCGACACACAUAUCCAGUGGAGUUACUUCCAGUCGAACGAGGAUGCAGCCAGGGGUGACAGUGGUUCUGGCCACGGUCUGGCUGACGGUAUACGGGAACGUGGUGGGGACAGCCACCCUCCAACCCUCUCGCCUUACUCUCGAUCAAUACUCCCCUUUGGCCCCGCGACGCCAUGGAGUUUAUCGAAAAGUCGAGGGCCAACUGGACUGGAAGGAUCAGAAUCCUGCUGAGAAUCAGCCGCUCGACCUUUCGAUCGGCCCGCGAAGGUCGAUAUCUGCGAACACCGAGUUCCCGGAGCAUUCGCUCGUUGCGAAAUAUGUUGGAAAGAACUCGAUCUUCCCGCGAAAGGGUAACCAUGCCACCGACGAUUUCUCACCUUUAUUCGAAGGCAAGCAGUAUCGUAAUUUCGGUGGUCGAGAAUUCACAGAUGAAAAGGUUGAUGGCAGAAACCUCAAGACACCGGAAUUACUUUCGCGCGAGUUACCACCGUCCGAAUUGGAGGAUCCUUUUGUAGCCGACGACACGUUCCAAGAUCAAGGGCCUGGCUCUGUAGAGAUAUACAAAUUGGACCUCCUCGGAGAGAAGCCUCUGCUGAAUCCGACACCCGUGACGAGAUUAUUGGCGAAGAGCAAAAGCAAGGCGCCGAAGAAGAGCAGCCACGCAAGCUGGAAGGCUAAAACGACGGACUACGGAGCUACCAGCCCGAAGAUGUUCUACAAACAGUCCAACUCGUUUGACAAUUUCGGAACUGAACUACCGCCGAACGGCGACCCCUUUAGCGUAGGUGGGGUGCCAGAGUUGCAAGUGGGCUGCGAGGGAUUGGAAGCGACCAACCACAAACAGAAGAGGUCCAUAGAUUCCCCGACUAAGGAUAAGGAAUCAGGAGUCGACCUAUGGCCAGACGCGACACCUAUAUCUUUGAACGUGGACUACGAUCUUUCCUCGGAGGAAGGCUACGAGGAAAUGGACGAACUCGUGAAGCUGAAGAAAUUAGACACCACUACGAAGGGGAUCAAGCACAACAGGGGUGACAUGGAGGCGACUCUUCAUUCAGACUUUCUCGACGACAAAGGACGAGCAGAAAUAUUGCCCGUCAGAGGAGACUUGGGCCAGUCUAGCGUAGUCAAAGACUCGAUUACAUCCCCGCCGUCGUCUGUACUUGGUAAUAAGAAAGCGGAAAGAAGGUUGGAUUUGGCGAAGGAGAGCAACAAAGGUUUGCAUUUCGGUAAGGCGAAGCGAAGCAUUCUCAACGAUGCUGGAAUAAAGUCUGUCGAUGGUUUGACGACUAAUCGAGGUCGCAAGAUCUUGUGGUUCGAUGACUCCGCCGCUGGUGAGCAAUCGAAAGAUGAAAAGCGCUCGAAGCGUGGAGUUUGGGGUUUCGGGGAAGACGAAGGCGUGGUGUCGAGCGACGAGUUGCAAACUGAGAACGAGCGACGUCGAAAGGACUACGAGAGGAGGAGGCAGGAGAUCGAGAGAAGAAGACAAGAGGAAGAAAGAAGGAGGGAAGAGGAGGUGAGGAGGCGAGGAUACAUUGAGAAUCGGACUAAUACCGAUAUACAAAGAAUCAGAGACGACUACGAGAAAUUGCUCCGACAGAACCAGAAGGGCGAGGAAGAAAGACAGCGACAGCUGCAGCAAGAAUCGCAACGGUGGCAAACGGAGGAAGAAACGAGAAGACGUAUGCGGGAGGAGGAAGCGAGAAGGCGUAUGAGGGAGGAAGAAACGAGGAGGAACCGAUGGCAAGACGAGGAACGACGACGUCAAGAGGAAGAGAGAACGAGACAACGACAGUUGGAAGAGGAACUGAGAACUCGAGGAGAGGGAACAAGAGAACAGGAGAAUCGUUUGAGAGAACAAGAGAGAAGACGACGACCGCAAGAAGAAGAAAUGCGCAGGAACGAAGAGUCCAGGCGGGAUGAAGAGAAUAAGAGAAGACGACAACAAGAGUUAGACAGAAGACAUUUGGAGGAAAGAAGAAGAGAGUGGGCGAUGAAGAAAAAUCGAGAGGAAGAAGAAGAAAGAAGGAGGCAGCAACAGAACAGGAACGAACCACCAUCGAGCUUGGUCUAUCCCAUGCCGUUUGUGAAUGCGACCAGACCGUAUCAACCGGAAGCAGAGAGACGAAUGAGGGAACAGCAGGCGAGAGAACGCGAUCAGAAGCUGCGAGAAUACAUACAACGUAAUCAACCGAUCAAUGUUACCAGUGCCGUGGAUCGGCGCAGAGAAGAAGCAAAUAGAAGAAGGAUAGAGGAGGAACGAAGAAAGCAGGAAGAGGAGCGUAAGUUGCAAGAGUACGUACGUCGAAAUCAACCCAUACACGUACCAAAGACGAACGAGUCUUAUCACAGAAACUGGUUGGAGGAGAGACGAACGAUAAAUGAAGCGGGAUUAAACGAUCGGUCAAGGUAUCCAGGGCCAGGAAGCGGAAGAAGAAACCACGGUCCAUCAGCUCCGACGAAUGUCUAUCCCCAAAGCUACGCGAAUCAAGUCGGAAGAACUGAUACGGUCAGAAGUCUCGAAGAGCAAAGAAUUCGCGAGAGGGAAAGACAGCAAGAGGAACAGCUAAGGAGAGAAGCUUUGAGGCGGGAAGAAGAGGUUCGAAGGAUACAGAUGAGAAGAUACGAGGAGGACCGAAAGAGACAGGAAGCGGCGCAGUUGGAAGCCGAGAGAAGGCGUAAGGAAUUUAUGGAACAGGAGGCAGCGAGAAGUCAAGCUGCAAGGAUCAGACCGUUGGAGAACAGAAGACCAGUGUAUGAGGAUCGUAGACGAUUCGAGGAGCACCGGCGAAGACAAGACACGAGUCUUAUUCCAGCCAAUUUAGCUUCGAACGAGUCCAGGAGGGCUAUGGAGCUCCAGAGACAAAGGCAGCAGCAAGAGAGAAGGAGGAUCGAGAUCGAAAGGCGGAGGCAAGAGGCCAGCAGAGCGAAAGGGACCAGGGAGGACGAAGAACGUGCCAGAGCCAUGAAAGAGCAACGAAGGCGACAGGAAGAGGCAAGACUGAACGCACUACCUGUGAGCGCAAGAAUAAUAGUCCGUCCCGGAGCAUCUUCCUCCUCAUCGCGAGUGUUAUCGAGGGGAGGCUUCGACAACGAUAUCGAUUUCCCGGGUAUUAAUCCGAAUCGUCACGGGGCAAAGGCACCCAACUUUCCCGCGCCGCCCAAUCCGUGGACGCCCGUGAAGAGUCCUCCACCCUGCGUCUGGGCGGUUGUUCAAUGUUGUCCAACGAACUCAAACCGACUGGUAACGUGUUUCGAGUCGAUGGGCUGCCCUGGUAUCAAUUGGGAUCCUAAUCCAUGCAGAGGCUCCAUCACCCAGGCUGCUACGGACCAAGUCAUGAAAUUCUAUGCAGCUAUCGAAGAGAACGAACGUGUCUAGAACUAAUGCUUAACGAACAUGAUACGCGCGUUAACGGCCAAGCUUCCGUGGGUCAUCGAUGAAUUUAGUUGAUAUCAAUUCUAACGAGAUUAUGCUUCGGGUUUCAUCUCGACGAAGAAACUUGAGAUAAAACUUACACUAGGAGCGCGGGAGGAGUAGGUCGAGAAUUUAAUAAAGCUCAUGGGAAGUAAAUUUGAAUACCAAAGGAUAUUAAGGUAUCGCUUACGAAUAAGCCACUGUAGGAUGAUUGACCACAUUUUCGACGAUUCUUCAUCAUUGUACGGUCAAACGACAAAGUCUUCAACUUGAUAUUGCAAUAAUCAAACUUCUUUUUAUCAACUCUAAAUUGAUAAUCGUUACCAUCUAAAUUGAUAAUCAACAUAUAACCGUUUCGUCAUAUGUUGAAUUUAGCUUAAUAAUACAUAGGCUUCCUUGAGGAUAUUAAAUUCAUUAAAGAAAUUUUAAAGUUGUAGUAACGAAAUUAUAAUGUCGUUUAUAAGAAUUUUCUUUAAAGGUAGGUAUAUUCUUGAAACAUUGAAAAGUACCGUGUCUCUCAAUAUUAUCUAAUAAAUUUUGAUUAUAGUUAAUUGUUAUUUAUUCAUGACAUAUCGGAGGAUUCGUUCUGGAAAUUAAAUUUCAUACGGAUUAAAUAAGUUGCGGUAUACUUAAACAACUUCAUUUGCUAUUUAUUAUAAACUAAAUGAUGUUUACGACAGUCUGUUACCAAUAAUUGAAGCGCGUCCCUGUACAUGUCUGUUAUAAGAAUGCGAUGGAAGAGUUAUCGGUGAUCAAAAUCAAUGCCUUACAAUCUUCUUAAAGAUAGAACUUUAUCUCAUUCAAAAUUCAUCAAAUACGAUCAAGUGUCUCUCUCUUUAACUAUAGGUCCUGUUUGAUACGUAUAUUCGCGUCACAGAGAUUUAUUUAAAUUGUUCGCUCACUCGUACCCUCCAAUUAAUCGACAUCUCGAAGGAAUAAACGAGAAAGAACUCCUAACAUGCCGCAAAGAGAGCGCCAUUUGUGUUCUUCGCAGUUCUCGUAUUCUUACAAACAGAUAGUUAUAUUAUAGACUCGAUAUUUUUCUAUUCGUUUUUUUUUAGACCACGAUAGCGAUGCAUGACAGCCUUUUAAAUUUAACGAACCAAGCGAUUGCGUCAGCGGUUUUAAAAUGGCGCGUUGUGUUCUUGUGAAACCGAUGCGCACGAAAUUCAGUGAGAGUUGCGAGCCUCUGAAAUAUUUUUCGUAAGUAGUCUCGAUACCUUUUUCGUAUUAAGCAGAUGAACGCUCUUUAUAGUCUCCGUCUGUUGCGCCAAAUAUAAUGUGACAAACUUACUCUAUUUAAAGAUUUCUAACAACUCGUUAAGAGUUUAUAUUUAUCGAAUUUUUUUGAAACUACGUUCACGAGUAUUUUUACUUAAAUGCAGUUUCAUUGCUUGUGUGCGUUCUAGAAACCCCUAAUGUAUUAAAAGGGAGUUUUAUUUGUGUAAAAAGUACAGAGAGAUAUAAAAUUACGCUUCAUCCCGAAUUUACUGAUUGAAUUCAUUGAUGAAACUUAUCUAGCAAUUUCUGCCUCGAACAGUACCCGCUUGCUGGAUAGUUCAAUAAUACGUACCUAAUUAGUUUGAACAUAAUGUUGAAACUAGUAAUAACGCCGCGUAAAAAGCAGGUUCCGCUGGAUAAGUUUUAACGAUGAGUCUAAGUAACAGUACCUGUAUAAACUCCAAAACCUGUAUAACUCCAAGUUAUUAGUUUAACCCUUUGUUUACUGAAUUUCUCAAAAAUGUUUCGAAACUAGGCGUCUAUCUUGGUCUUAUAUCAUCUUAUAGAUUGUCUCUAAUAAACUUCCAAAAGAAAAAAAGCUUGUGCUGCCAUCCAACAAUUAAAAACGAAUAAAGCGUUUAAUUGAUACAGUAUCAUGAGAAAAUUGACGAGACUUAUAAGUCCCGCCAGUAAAUAAAGGGUUAAUAAAAGAUUACAAUCAUUUCUUAACUAUACUUCACGCAAGGACCUAAUACCUUCUAAUAGAAAAUACGAAGCAUCACUAAACCUUAGAAAGGAGUCACACGUUUGCCAAUUGAAAAUUCGCUGAAUUAAGAGAUUUUUAACAAAGAUUUAGUGACAUUAAUCGUAAGAUAUAGCGUGCAGUAUUCGGCGUGUUCUCGAGAUCUUCUAAGAAUUUCAAAGAGGUAUCCUCAUUUGCAGGCAGGAAAAUAGAAGAUAGAGGGAUAAGGUUAAAAAUCAACCUAAAAUUGAUUGAAUUAAAAAAUUCUUUCGAUAAUUAAUAUAAUAAAAAUAGUAAGAUGCAGUAGUAGAUACUUUUCAUCGGUAAUAGAUAGUUGAAAGAAGUACUAAUUGUAAGAAAACGGUGUUAGAUAUUCUGUAGAACGAACUCUUUGACUGUAAUAGUGAAAGGUUAAUAGAACUAACUGGAUAUCUUGGUUCGAAUCAUCGAAUCAUCGAAUCAUCGAAACAGUUCUGUAUUAUGAAAUUGUAGGCAAUUCCCGAAAUUCUUAGUUCACUGUAAUAUAUGUACAUGUAAUAACAAUUUAUUUCUGUAAUAUACUUUAUAAAUAUUAAAAGUGAAAAGAAGGAUUAAAAAUCAGAAGUUACUCUAUUAGAUUCAGACAUAUGUUGUGUAUUAUCUGGACGAAUUACUAUGCAUCAUUGGAAAGACAAACUAUGGUUUAUUUUUCGCUGAUAGUGUCCACAAUGCCAGUCGACGUUAAGUUCUAUUUCCAGAUUGUAUUUUGUUGCAACUUUUACAUUUUUCCAAAAACUGUCUACUACCGAUGCGAUUACCAUACAUUUUGAAUAGUUCAAAGUGUCAUGAAAUGCACAAACGGUGAUCAAUGAUUUUAAAGCUUCGAAUGGGGAUAGCGAUUUAGCAGAUUACUCGACGAGCAUCGUUCAGAGAAUUAACCCUCGAUUGGUGAACAAACGAGGCAUCGAUCCCUCUCAGGUUCGUGAUGGGAAAAAGAUGCGGCCGAAACAGCAAUCGUUAUGCUUUAGAGGCCCGAUACAAUUUCGAGGGGGAGCCAGUAUUCAACAGAGAGUAACCGAUCGUUUGGUAUUGGCCAGUCGCCAAGUUCGGUGCCGAGUCAGUUAGUACGCGAAAAUAUAGCCAUAAAGAGAAAACGAGUGGCCGUGCUUGCGAGGGAGUAAAACGGAGAGUAAAACAGAGAGAACAAUAGUGCGACAUCUGUUCGCAUCGCAGACGCACGUGCAAUUAAGCGUGUUCGUUUCACGUUUAACGAACGUAAAAUUAUUAACUUGUAAGUCGUUCUUUUUUCCUCUCCUUUUUUUUUGUACGUAGUCGUCGAGUUAUACAUUCGCAGCUUUUUUCACAUGUGAUAUAUAGAUACGCUUUUAAUUCGCCGUGAUAUAGUUAAAUAUUUAUCUCUGUAAUAAAUGCAACAAAUGCUUUGCGAGAACACGUUAUCCGAUACUGAAACGAGAGUUCCCUUCGAUCGAAUUAAGAAUACAAUAUCUCGGAAAUAAGUUUAUUCGUCUGUAGAGAGUACAAUGAAACAGUUUCACGUGUUUGAGUGUGUUAAGUGGCCUCAGCACGUCGAUGAGCUUCGGGCACAUGAUACUUUAGUCGACUGCAAAUGUAUUUAGUUAAACGAAACUAAUAAAAAUAAGAAUUACCUGUUCCGCUUUAUUUCAGAAGAGUAGCAAAAUCAAAAGUAAUAUUUUUCUACUCGGUAUUUCGCAACCGAAUGUAUGAUAAGAAUAUAUGCUUAUUGUUAGAAUACGGUGACGAUUUCGAAAAUUCUUAGUUCGCUGUAAUAUAUGUGUAAUAUAUUAAACACUUCGUUCUGUAAUAUACGUAAUAAAUCAUUAAAAUGCUGGA